CCAACUCCACUCAUGAAGUAGUGACGCAAGUUUCCCGCCCUCACUUCUGCAGCCCUAGUCCUGUACGUGUGCAGAAAGAAAGUCAACAAACAGGGGAGUUUUGUAUACUGUACUGUUUUAUACAUUUGUUACUUUAUUCAUCAAGGAAUUGUUGGUUUACGAUGCCUUCCACACACGACUGGAUUGACAGCCCGUUGGUUGUUAUCGAGGAUAUGUUUGCUGCUUCUCAGAAUAGUCCAAACUCUGGAUGGGAGGCCAAAGCAGUUGAGUUCUUCAAAGAGCGUCUGAAAGAGAAGGACGCUCACACUUGGGUUCCUUCUCUGAAUGACGUUCCUCUGCACUACCUGAAACCCAACAGUCUGGUCAAGUUCCGCUGUUUAAUCCAAGACAUGUUUGAUCCGGAGUUCUACAUGGGAGUUUACGAGACAGUUGAUUCGUCAACAAAGGCUAAAACGCUGCGUUGUGGAAAGUACAAAGAUGUGACUGAAUGUGGGGUGGAUUUUAGUUCCACAAACACUGUGACUGCAGAGAGGCAGACCUUCUACUGUGUGCCAAUCCCUGGAGAAAACUCCUGGGUGAAAGACAGCUUUGCUGCCUCCAGUCAGGCCAGAGUGAUUCCUUCCACCUCGUACGUGCCGAGCAGACAGAAACGAAGCUACGAAGAGGACGAGGAGAUGGACGACAUGGACGCACAACCACAAAAACAGAGAGAACCCCAAAGUGCAGGUCCACAAAGUCCUUCAGAACAUCUGGGCAAUAAUGACUCCAAACGUCUAGAAACUGAAGCUCCAUCUGGUUCUACAGUGUCAUCCUCUCACAUCAACCUCAACUUUCCGCUACCUGGAGAGAAAGGUCCUUCCUGCUUAGUUAAGGUAUAUGAAAAUUGGGACUGCUUCAAACUGAACGACACACUGGAGGUCUAUGGGAUCCUGUCAGUCAGUCCAGCCCUCAGUGCACUGGCUGAUGAAAAAGAAGCAUCGUCAGGUGUCCUGGACCCCACAGAGAGCAUGGAGACGGCUGAGGAGCAGAGAGUCCACAGUCCACCGGCUUCACUCGUCCCUCGUCUACACAUGCUGUAUGCCGCACCACUGCAACACAACAACCCCCUGCUGCCCGUCAUCUCCUCAGCAGACGACAGUGCCUUUUUAUCCUCGUCUCUGGGUGAGAUGGCCUCUGUUAGAGCAGAGCUACUCUCAUACUUUACCCACGUGCUCCUGGGAGAUGCCCUGUCGGCUGAGUACCUCAUUCUGCACCUCAUUUCUACUGUAUACUCUAGGAGAGAUGUUCUUCCCCUGGGGAAAUUUACCCUGAAUCUCAGUGGAUGUCCAACAGUCUCCUCAUACACUGAGCGCCUGUACCAGAUCAUUCAGCAGCUCGUUCCCUCUUCGUACUACCUGGGCAUGAGCCUCCAGAACAUGAACCACAUGCAGCUGGUGCCUAAGAAGGACUAUGUGGCCAAUAGGCUAGUGAGUGGAGCCCUGCAGCUGGCUAAAAACACUUCACUCUUCCUGGAUGAAACCAAGCUGGAGCAGGGACAGCUGGACACAACAGGUGUGCGUAACGUCACAGCCCUGGGGAACCUGAUCUCGUGGCAGAAGGUUGAUUAUGACUUUAGCUACCACCAGAUGGAAUUCCCCUGCAAUAUUAACGUGCUCAUCGUGUCAGAGGCCCGAUCACUGCUGCCGUCAGAUUGUCAGGUGCAUGUACACUCUCAAGUUGUUCCCUCUGACAUGGAGGAGUAUCUCGGCAGCAUCCACAUACAUUCACAAGCCUUUUCGCAGCUCAACAAGCUCAGAAUCUACCUGAGCGUGGCCCGGCUGCUGGACUACAGCAUCUCUGAGGAACUGACAAAGGCAGUCGAGGACGACUUUGUAGACAUGAGGAAGGACGACCCCCAGAGCAUAUCUGCUGAGGACCUUCACCGGUUGCUGGUUGUGGCCAGCAGAUCCCUGAACAUGACGAACCUGACAGACAUCACCUAAUAGCAGCUGCCUUCUACCCCUUCACAUGCCUACGGUUUGGACAGCAGUCAGAAAUGAUAUGGACUAGGUACAGUACAGAUAAGGUACAGUAUAUGGCUACCUGUACAAAGACUUACUAUUGUUUGAUUAGGUCCAUGUUGCAUAGCAUUUGCAAUUCUAUUUUAAGAAUUGUAGGGUACAGUAAACAAUGGAAUGCUCUCAGAAAUUACUGUUAUAACAGCUGUUUAGUGUUUGCCAACAAGUAUGGAUUUUUUUUUCUUCUAACCGACAACUUGAUGAUCUGGAACAACAGCCUUUCGCUUCUCUACUUGACUGAACUGGCUCUCAACAGAUCAAAGCUCCUACUUUAUACAGUUCUUUUAGUCUUAAUCACAAUGUGUACAACAAAAUGUUUGGAUUUAGACGUGACAUAUUUGGUAGUUAAAUGGAACUAAAUAGGAAAUGCACCAACGUCUCAGAGUUGGAGUUUAAAGAAACGGUCUUAUUCAUUUGAACAAAACUAUACAGAAACUGAGAGUGGCGUCACAAAAAACCACAGAGAUAGCAUCUUACAGUAAAAACAACUUUAGAACUGGAAAAUGUUAGCGUUAAUAGUUUUUCCAGUCUUAUAACCCGGCAAGUCAAUCUACAUCUUCUCAUUCUACAAAUGAAAUAUCCCAAGAUAAAGCAUAAUGACAUACAGCAACCCUGAACAUACAUUUGUAUACAGUACACCAAAAUGUAACACACCAUAAUUGACUUAAAAAGGUAGAUUUGCCAUAAAUACCUGACAUGUAUAGAUAUAUAUAUUUAUUUAUUUAUACGUAUAUAUAAAACCACUUCUAUUCCCUGUUAAGGCAAAUAUACUCGCAGUUUGGGGAGUGCAUAAAGCGUCAGUGUUUCUAAUAAGUUGGUGCAACUGCAUCUACAAAACUGCUACUCUCCCAUCUAUUAUCAAACAUGCAAACAUCAAUAUACAACGCUGGCUUAAGACUCAGUUCAAACAAACCCGAGUUGUUUGAUCAAACCAUUUUAGAAGUCCAGUUCUUUCAGUGGAAUAUUUCCACUGAAUAAUUCCAAUUUCCAAACAGCAGUUGUCGUGAUUAGUGUCGGUGUCUGUUCUCAGCUGUGAUUUCAAAACCCAACACGGAAACCUCUUCAAACCUAUUAAGCCGUACCUCAUCGUAUACAGAUGAGGGGAAGGUGCUACUCAGAGAAAAUGUAAAACAGACGAUACGUACUGUACAUAUCAACAACCAUGAUAUACGUGUGUCUAUAACAGUGGAGCUCGUUAAAUUACACUCGACAAUGCUGAUGUUACAUUAGCUUUACUAGGUAAGGAUUUCCCUGCCUAGUUUCUGUUCUAAUAACUACACAAAGGUAACACACAUUUAUCCUUUGGAAAUCACUUUAGAUAUUUGGUCAGACUUAACAGCUGUGACAGUGACAAACUAAAGGUUGUUGUUGUCACACAACCACCAGUGACUCCCUGUACAGCAGGUUCAGAUUUGGACGUUCUAUGGUCAAAUACCAGUUGUUGUCUUCCACCCUCACAAGUAAGCAUUGUGGGUAAUCACCCACAGAGCAAGAAUACGUUUACUGGCACGAAUCCACCAGUAUGAACGUUCUUAAAAACUUUUCAGACCAACCUAUUUCUCUUGAUAAUAACCAUUCAUUUGCUUAUUUUUUAACACAUAUGUGCAUUAUGUAUAUGUAAUGUAUUUUUGUCUCACCAGGGACAAACUGAGAGUUUGAUCUCAGGUCUACUAAUUAAAAAUAUGAAGCCAAUGUGAUUAAAUUGUUAUUAAAGCCAAUGCAUUAAAUUCUUACUAGACUAAGAACAGCCUCUUCAUGUUUGUCCCCACAGGGAAAAAUAGUUUUCUGGAUCACUGUUGAUGUUUUAGGUUUUAAAAAAAUCAAACAAAAUAUAAAAGUUCUCAUUGUUAACUGUUUAUGACGGCUAGGUUUUCAAAGCACACCUAUUUUUAAUAAUCCAAUUCCUUAAAGUGAUUAUUUUAAAAGGAGAAGAAUGUAUUACAUAUGGUGGAAUUCUGCAAAAAAAAAAAAAAA